AUGAGAGGGCUCCUCUUGCUGCUUGUGCUCUGGGCAGGGCUGGCUCCCGCCCAGGGUUCUCAAGGCCGUCCCUCAUGGCGCUACGUCUCCUCUGAGAUGGUCAUUCCCAGGAAGGAGUUGCACCAUGGCAAAGGCAUCCAGAUGCCAGGCUGGCUGUCCUACAGCCUGCGUUUUGGGGGCAAGAGGCACGUUAUCCACAUGCGGCGCAAGAAACUCUUCUGGUCCAGGCAUCUGCUGGUGAUGACUCAGGAUGACCAAGGUGCCUUGCAGAUGGACUACCCCUUCGUCCCUCCUGACUGUUACUACCUCGGCUACCUGGAGGAGGUUCCUCUUUCCAUGGUCACCCUGGACACGUGCUAUGGGGGACUGGAAGGUAUUAUGAAAUUGGAUGACCUUGCCUAUGAGAUCAAACCCCUCAGCAGUUCCCAAAGAUUUGAACACAUUGUUUCUCAGAUAGUGGCAGACACCAAUGCAACAGGCCCUACCUAUAAACUGGGACUGAAGGAGGACAGGGACCCCUUGUUCUCUCAAGCAAAUACCAGUGCCAUUCCCCGGUUCUCAAGUAAGAUGUAUGCAUCUCAUCACGGACAGGUGAAAGCACUUUCCUUAAGUUCCAACUCAAUGUAUAGAGUGUUCAACAACGUGUCUAAAUGUGCCCAAUUCCUGAUAAGGAUUUUUAGUUUAAUUGACACAUUCUAUCAAGCACUUGAUGUGAAUUACUAUAUUGGAUCCAUGAUUAUUUACACUCAGGGAGAGCCAGCUACCAUGAACAGUUUUCAUCCAAUUCAAAGUCCAUUAGCUAGAUAUUACCGUUCUAAACUUUAUCCAAUUUUUCUUCCACAUUCAACCUUAAUUGUAACUAAAGAAGGGCCACUGGAUAAUAAUACAGAACCUAUAAUUUAUGGUUUAUGCAAAACGCAAAACCUCCUCGUGCUUGCGUAUCUAGACAAACAUUAUUUAAUAUUGUCUAUCAUAGCAGCACAGAAGGUGGGUAGAAGUUUGGGGUUGUAUUAUGACAACAGGUAUUGUGUCUGUCAGAGAAGGACUACAUGCAUUAUGAACAGAUACAUGGGUCUGACUGAUGCUUUCAGUAACUGUUCUUUUAAACAUGUCCUAAGCGUUCUGGGUACUAUUAAAGCUGAGUGCAUGUACAGCACCAACGUUGUGUACUUAAAUAAAAGCCUGACUCAUGAUCGCUGUGGAAACUACAUAGUGGAUCCACUUGAACAGUGUGACUGUGGCUCCUUCAAACAGUGUUACAACAAUCCCUGCUGUCAGAGUGAUUGUACCUUCACUACUGGAAGCAUAUGUAAUACAGGCACAUGCUGCACAAACUGCACCUAUUCCCCUGCUGGGACACUCUGCAGACCAAUCCAAAAUAUCUGUGAUCUUCCUGAGUACUGCCGAGGAGAGUCCUCGACAUGCCCUGAUGAUUUCUAUAUGCAAGAUGGAACCCCAUGCACUGAAGUGGGCUACUGCUAUCAUGGAAACUGUACUGACCGCUCUGUGCACUGCAAAGAAAUCUUUGGUAAAAAUGCUGUGAACGGUGCAGAUGUCUGCUAUACCAUAAAUAGAAGAGGUGAUAGAUAUGGACACUGCCGAAGGCCAGCUGGGAAAAAAACCAGUACCUCUUGUGAGGUCGAAAAUAUUCAGUGUGGAAGACUGCAGUGUAGCAAUGUCACUCAUCUCCCACGGUUGCAAGAACAUGUGGGAUUCCAUCAGUCUAAGAUAUCAGGGGUCUGGUGUUUUGGAUUGGAUUCCCAUCGUGGCACAGGAACAAAUGAUGUUGGUCAUGUGAGACCUGGUACUCUGUGUGCUCCUGGAAAGUUCUGUCAAAAUACCUACUGCAAUGGCAGUAUAGCUCAGCUAAAUUAUGACUGUAUCCCUGAGAAAUGCAAUCGCAGGGGGAUAUGCAACAACAGGAGGAAUUGUCAUUGCCACAUAGGCUGGGAUCCUCCUCGGUGCAUUGAUCGAGGUGCUGGUGGGAGCACAGACAGUGGACCCCCUCCAAGAAGAAUGCGGGCAGUCAGGCAAAGUCAUGAGUCAGUGAUAUAUCUGAGAGUGGUCUUUGCUCGCAUCUAUGCCUUGAUAACUGCAUUCCUCUUUGGCGUUGCCACCAAUGUUAGAACCAUCAAGACAGUCACAAUCCCUGAGGGGCCCCUCCCUCAUGGUGAAUCAGCCCUUCACAGCGUCUGCAUAGCUUUUGCUACUUCCAUCAUUGCUAAUCCAUGUGACCCACUGCAGCCCCUUCCCUGGAGCUUGGUGGAUCCAGUACAUCCAGUAGCCACUGAAGGUUUUGGAAUUUCUAUACAUCUUGAUGCUCCUCAGAGACAGGUUGUGGUGCUUAGCACUCUCCCACCAGAUGCUGGCAUUGACUCCAUUGCCUUAUCCGGGAAGCUGGUGGACCCAUGUGAUACCCACACUGACAUGCGCAGUGAGAACCCAGAGAAUGAGCAGGUCUUGGAGAAUCCCUCCAUGGAGAUUGUCCUCAACACUAUGUAA